AUAAGAUCAAUAUUGAUACCCCAAAAGACGAACAGCGAAUGGGAAUUUCUGGGAAAAAUAGCGGUGCGAUUCUGUCGAAAAUAGCGACAAACAAUCAACACGGCGAGAACUCUGAGUACUUUGAUGGAUGGAAAGCUUACGACAAAGAUCCUUUCCAUCUAUCUCGUAAUCCAAAUGGUAUUAUCCAAAUGGGUCUUGCAGAGAAUCAGCUUUGCUUGGAUUUGAUCAAAGAUUGGAUCAAAGAGAACCCAGAAGCUUCUAUUUGCACUCUUGAAGGUCUUCGUCAGUUUAGCGACAUCGCUAAUUUCCAAGACUAUCAUGGCCUUGCAAAGUUUAGACAGGCAAUUGCACAUUUCAUGGGAAAAGCUCGAGGUGGAAGAGUGACGUUUGAUCCAGAGAGGGUGGUUAUGAGCGGCGGCGCCACCGGAGCCAAUGAAACAAUUAUGUUCUGCCUGGCCGAUCCCGGCGACGUUUUCCUUAUUCCCUCUCCUUACUAUGCCGCAUUUGAUAGAGACUUGAGGUGGCGUACAGGUGUCGACAUAAUCCCGAUUCCUUGUUCAAGCUCCAACAAUUUCAGAUUAACCGUCGAGGCCGUGGGAUGGGCUUAUAAAAAAGCCCAAGAGUCUAAUAAGAAAGUCAAAGGUCUGAUUUUGACUAAUCCAUCAAAUCCGCUCGGUACGAUGUUGGAUAAAGACACACUCAAGGACCUAGUCCGGUUCGUCACGAAGAAGAGCAUUCACCUAGUCGUCGACGAGAUCUACGCUGCCACAGUCUUUAGCGGAGAUAAUUUUGUGAGCGUUGCUGAGGUGGUCAACGAUGUGGACAACUCUGAAGUCAACGCUGACUUGAUUCACAUUGUUUAUAGUCUUUCUAAAGACAUGGGACUUCCUGGUUUUAGAGUCGGUAUAGUCUAUUCUUACAACGACUCGGUCGUGUCUUGUGCCAGGAAAAUGUCGAGUUUCGGACUAGUUUCGUCUCAGACACAACUCAUGCUCGCUUCCAUGUUAUCCGAUGAUCGGUUUGUGGAGAAUUUUCUUAUGGAAAGCUCGAGAAGGUUAGGGACAAGGCAUGAAAUUUUUACCAUAGGGCUCAAGAAAGCAGAUAUUACUUGCUUGACAAGCAGCGCAGGUUUAUUUGUGUGGAUGGAUCUGAGACAUCUAUUGAGAGAUCGUAACUCGUUUGAAUCUGAGAUUGAGCUUUGGCGUAUAAUCAUCCACAAAGUUAAGCUCAAUGUAUCUCCAGGCUCUUCCUUCCAUUGCACGGAACCUGGAUGGUUUAGGGUUUGCUUUGCCAACAUGGACGACGAUACUCUCCACGUGGCGCUUCGACGGAUCCAAGAUUUCGUAUCAAAGAGCAACAACAAGACCAUUGCGAAAGCAUCGGACAAGGAUCAGGUAAGCCAGAACAACAAUGCUAAAAAACAGAAAUGGAGACAGAGCAAUCUCCGACUAAGUUUCCGAAGGCUUUACGAGGAUGGCCUCUCGUCUCCAGGGAUAAUGUCACCACAUUCACCUCUUCUCCGUGCAUGAUCUUCUUAAGGCAUAAUAAAGCCUGAGAGAAGAUCAAUCGGAUGAACAAGUCCUCGUUUCACUCCAAAUGUUAGUAAGUGAAUGUGUUUUUCUUUGUUGUAAGAUUGGGAAUAAUUCAACUUGGACAGUAGGUUUGUUUUUGACUGCGAGCUUUUUUAUCCUGUGGUCAAAUGGUAACUUUAAAGAUUUGUGUGUUUAAUUAUGUUCUUUUUCUUUUUUUUCCUCCGCUUAGGAUUUAAUCGAGAGAUUGUCCUAGUGGUGCUGGUUUGUAACAUUUAUCCUAUUGGAAUCUCUUAUUUAUCUUUUUGUG